CUAAACUCUCUCUCUCUCUCUUUCGCUUCCCCCGCUUGCAAGACACCGUGUGUUGACAGCCGACCGACACCUUUCGCAAUGGACGCCGCUGCGAAGGCACGUUUCGACCUCAUUGGCGAGAACCUCGCCGAGAUUCUCAAUCCUGAAUUGCUCGAAUCCAUUUUGGCCGAGGGACGCAAUCCCCGCGUUUAUUGGGGCACUGCGACCACUUCGAGUCCUCAUACAGGAUACUUCCUCCCUGCGUUAAAGAUCGCCCAGCUGCUGGCUGCAGGAUGCGAUGUCGUCGUCCUUCUGGCCGAUAUCCACGGCUUUCUUGACAAUCUAAAGGCGCCGCUAGACCUAGUGGAGAACCGUGCGAAAUACUACUCGAAGAUCAUUACCGCGAUCCUGGAGUCGGUCGGUGUCCAGACCGACAAGCUGGAAUUUGUCCUCGGUAGUUCUUACCAGAAGAAUGCCGACUACGUCAUGGACCUCUACCGGCUGUCGUCGUUGGUUUCAGAGCAUGAUGCCAAGAAGGCUGGAGCAGAGGUUGUAAAACAGUCCAACAACAGUCCAUUGAGUGGAUUGAUGUACCCUCUGCUUCAGUGCCUUGAUGAGGAGUACUUGAAGUGUGACGCUCAGCUGGGAGGCGUCGACCAAAGGAAAUUGUUUGUGGCUGCAACCGAGUGGCUUCCCAAGAUUGGCUAUCGCAAGCGCGCGCAUUUAAUCAACCCAAUGAUCGCUGGUCUGAAUGGUGGCAAGAUGAGCUCUAGUGUCCAAGACAGCAAGAUUGAUCUUCUGGACACCCCCGAGGCCAUCACGAAGAAGAUCCGUAAAGCGGAAGCGGCGCCUCGCGUCAUUGAAGAGAAUGGUGUUCUGUCAAUGGUGGAAUAUAUUUUACUGCCAGCAGCUGGUCUGAAGGGUCGUAAAGAGUUCCGCGUUGAGCGCAAAGAUGAAGAGCCCCUGAUCUACACUGAUAUUAAGCAGCUACAUGAAGAUUACAAGAAUGAUAUCUUAACGCCACAGGUGCUCAAGCCUGCCGUCGCGGCCGCCUUGGUCGAGCUUAUGGCUCCUAUCCGGGCAGCCUAUGAGGGUUCUGCUGAGUGGCAGGAGAUCACACUGAAGGCCUACCCGCCUCCGGAGAAGAAACAGAAGAAGGUCAAAGAUAAGGGAUCCCGCUACCCUGGUGCCCAGAAUCAAUAGAAGCUCUUUUCUUGCUCUCCUGUUACGUCUAGCAGCCUCUUGAUAGAACUGCCACUUGGAGAUACUUAUAGAUAUGAUCGGAACGGCUAGUACUUGUUUAAACUGGUGUUCACACUGGAGGGAAAAGCCCAAAUAUGAAUCGGGUGGGGAAGGAUCCUUUUUGUCUAUGUUCACGACCAUAUCUCUCAGUGUAGUUGUUUUCUCUAUUGCACC